UUUAUUCGACUGCUUCAAGCUUGAACACACAGAUAAGGUUUUAGACCUUAUAGUGAGACAAGACGAGAUGGAGUGCGUCUUGCUUGUGUUUCUAGGACUUUUUCUUGUCACCAAUGCAGCGUAUGUGAAUCUAUCUCGGGCCAGCUUUCCCAAAGGAUUUACGUUUGGAACAGCAACAUCAGCAUAUCAGGUCGAAGGAGCGGCUAAGAAAUAUGGAAGAGGACCGAGUAUCUGGGACGUUUUCAUCCGCACUCCAGGUAGAGUUCAGGAGAAUGCAACUGGAGAUGUGGCAGUGGAUGAAUACCAUCGAUACAAGGAAGACAUCGAUCUCAUGGCGGACCUCAACAUGGAUGCUUAUCGCUUCUCAAUAUCCUGGUCGCGCAUCUUUCCUGAGGGGAAAGGAAGAGUAAAUCGUUAUGGAGUAGCUUACUACAACAGGCUUAUAGACUACUUGCUCCUGAAAGGGAUCCAGCCUUAUGCCAAUCUCAAUCACUAUGACUUGCCAGAGUCACUUGAGAAGGAUUACGAAGGAUGGCUUAGUCGUGAAGUAGUGAAAGACUUUACAAACUUUGCAGAGUUUUGCUUCAAAACUUUUGGUGACCGUGUGAAGUACUGGACAACCUUUAACGAGCCGCGAGUUGUCGCUCAACUCGGGUAUGACAAUGGCCAAUUUGCACCUGGCCGAUGCUCAACACCUUAUGGAAACUGUACAGAAGGCAACUCCGCUACUGAGCCUUACAUUGUGGCUCACAACCUUUUGCUUUCUCAUGGCUCUGCCGCUCAAGUAUACAGAAAAAAUUACCAAGAGAAACAGAAGGGAUCCAUUGGAAUCUUAUUGGAUUUUGUGUAUUAUGAGCCAUUUUCAAACUCAACUGAAGACAUUGAUGCAGCUCAAAGAGGGCGAGACUUUCAUGUAGGCUGGUUCUUGGAGCCUAUCAUAAAUGGAUCAUAUCCCAAAACAAUGCAACAGUAUGUUGGCUCACGACUUCCAAAAUUCUCCAAGGAUGACAUUGAAAUGGUGAAGGGAUCGGUGGACUUUGUUGGUAUCAAUCACUACACAACGUACUAUGCAAAAGAUGCUGGCUCUCAAAAUCGUAACACCACUGAUUAUUUUCAAGACAUGAACAUCCAAAUGCUACAUGAUAGAGAUGGAGUUUCAAUCGGGCCACGAGCACACUCUACAUGGUUAUACAUUGUUCCCUGGGGAAUGUACAAAGCACUAUCAUACAUUAAAGAACACUAUGGAAAUCCAAAGGUUGUGCUUUCAGAGAAUGGAAUGGAUGAUCCUGCAAAUCUUACACUAUCUCAAUCGCUACAUGAUACAACUCGCAUCAAUUAUUACCAGAGUUAUAUUGAGAAUUUAGUUGCAGCAAUGAGGGAUGGAGCUAAUGUUCAUGGAUAUUUUGCUUGGUCUCUAGUGGAUAACUUUGAAUGGCUAUCAGGGUAUACAUCACGAUUUGGUCUCGUCUACAUUGACUUCAAGCACAAAGCACUCAAGAGGAUUCCAAAAGAGUCUGCAAAGUGGUUUAAAACAUUGCUAAAACGGGAUUAAGAUAUCACAAAUUCUUAUCUUUGGUUUUUUGUGCAUAUUAAUUUCUUGCAUAUUUCCUUA